UGGCGACACGUACAUCUGGGUUAAACUGUUUGUAAACAAACAUGUAUGCUGAUAUUUAAAUAGUAAAUAGUAGUAUGUUUGAGAGAUCGUGUGUGUAUUUUAAAUCAAAUAAAUUGCGUAAUAUCUGAAAAUGCCUUCAUAAUGCGGUGUACUAUUUACUGGAUAGCUUUUCAAGUGAUUGUACUCGCAUUUUAAUUAUAUAAUAAAGUGUAUAAUGUAUAAGUUAUAAGACUGAAAAAUGCCAGCAUAUAUUAAUAAUUUAAUAAUUAAUAAUAGUAUUAUUGCUCUGUACCAAAGUGUAGGGGAAAAGGUGGACACCUAUUCCCCAAAAAUAAAGAACUUCGUUCCAAAUGGAUCGCAUCUAUUAAACGGGAGAAACCUGAUCAUGGCAAGUGGGAGCCAUCAAAGACGUCGAUUGUCUGUAAAAGACAUUUUAAAGAAGAUGAUUUUAAGAGUGAUGUCAUUUUUCAAUUUUGCAACAGGAAUCCCAGAAUUUUGAAAUGUUUGAAAAAGAUGGCAGUGCCAUCUAUUUUUGAAUGGACAAUAUCCCCCAAGACACUUGAAAUGGCUAGAAAAAGAAGGCUAUUAAAACAAGAAAGGACAGAAACUGUGCAACCCCACCAAGAGGACAACAUUACUGUGGUGAAAUGUGUCUUGGGUGAAGGAUCAACAGUUGAAGACCCAGGAGCAUCAGAAAUGGUUGUGUGCAACCUAGACAUUGGGGCUGAAGAAAUUGUUGGUGAGUUCUGUGAAGACCCAGGUCCAGAAGUAAUAGCUAUUGGGUGCAGUAAUACCACAGAAGAGGAGACAAAUGUAUUAGAAGAAUCAGUUAAACAACGUUAUCUUUCAUUUGAAAGGAUAAAGGACAAUGACAAACUUAUCAAUCACUACACUGGCUUGGACAGUACAGCAACUUUUUUUUUACUGUGUUGUGGACAUUAGGGAGAGGGGUUGAUAAAUUAAAUUACAUUUAUACUCAGUCUUGUGAAUGUCUGUGUACACAUGACCAAUUUUUAUUAAUGUUGGUUAGAUUAAGGCACCAUUACCCUGUAAUUGAGCUUGCUAGAACGUUUGAUAUUUCCAGUUUUACUGUUCAAAAUAUAUUUAUUACAUGGAUUAAUGAGCUGGAAGGUCUGACAGUGGAAUGUAGGGGAAACGACAUCCUUAAAAUACUGGUCAAAGCACAAGGAGAGAAGCUGUUGGAAGAGGUUGAGAAGAGCCACUCCGUGGUGAUCAUUGUUGACAGCCGCAAGGAGAGGAUCCAUUUCUAUGGAACUGCAGAAAAUGUGACCAAUGCUCAGAAUUAUAUCAAGGAAUAUCUCAAUAAACUAGGCAGGAACAAAAAGGUUAUCUCUUUGAGAGAUUCAAGAUAUCUACUGGGCAUAUUGAAAGUUCUGGCAAAUUUGUACGGCUCAUGGCCAGAUGGAGUCAAUGAUCAGCUGGAACUGAUAGAUAUUGACACCAACUUAAAACAACAACAGAUCACUUUGUUGGGUGAGAGUGGUGCAGUGGAUAGAGCACUAGCCACGAUUGGUGACCUAGCUGUGUCGUACCUGUAUGCUCAAGGUCCACAGGAAGGUCCAUGGAUGCCCUACUGCAUCAUGUGCAAGUGUCCAGUGUCUGAUAAAUCUGACCUGUACAGACUUGAGUGCUGUGGACACUGCUACUGUGUAAUGUGCUUGAUUAUAAGCAUGAAUGCCUGUGUUGAAGGCAGAGAUUUCCCCCUUACAUGUGCUGUUGAAAGCUGCAAGUCACCUUUGGCCUGGAGGGACUUGAAAGCUCUCUUUGAGAAUGAAUGGCUCCUGUCUGACAUCCUAGUGACCAAGUCUAUUGACCACUUUGUGCUGAAUCAUUCAGACAAAUACAAGUUUUGUUUGACCCCUGAUUGUCCAGUUGUGUAUGAGGUCACUAGCACAGAGGAGGGGUCAGAAUUCAAUUGUCCAGUUUGCUCACUAAGUGUCUGCACAUCAUGUCACACCAUCUACCAUGUUGGUCUCAAUUGCAAAAUGCAUGCAAGCAUAUAAAAAUAUAGAACAUACUACAUGCAUAAGUUGAACUCUCUCAAUCUCUGGAUGACUCAGACUAGACUGCCUCUUUCAUGUUUUUACUAUUGGCCUGCAAUAUAAUUACACUAAAAUCUGUGCCUCUUUAUGAAGUACCUACCAUUUUCACACAUGACUUAGCUAGAUCUUAGCUCUGUACACCAUUCAAUACAUGUUUCUUAAAAGACAUUUGACUUGGUAGAAUGGCAUAGCUUUCCAUUUUUAUUUGCUUUUCCAUUGCUGUGUAGCAAUGCUUAUUGUAUUCUGGUUUAUUUAUUUCUAUUUUGAAAUAACUCAGCCCUCUCCCUGUGGUAACUACUUACUUCCCCUUACUGUGGAGAUGAUUUUUAUUUUAAAAUCUGAUACAGAUUUUUUCAUUAUGCUAGUUUACUUUUAAACUCUUUUUACCUUGAAAAAAAAGUUGACUGAUGUUAUUAUAUCAAAUUCUGUAUGCUCCGGCAAUAUGAUAUUUUAAUAAUUUGUCAACUGAAAAUAAGGCUAGAUAAAAAAGAAUGUUUUUAUUAAAUUAACCAGUUACUAUAUUUUGCAAAUUUUUAAGAUUGGUGAUUGUUUUUCCUCUAUUUAGCAUAAACUAUUUAACAGAAUUAUUCCUAUUUACAAAUGUUUUAUUAGUGUGCUAUCUAAAUAAUAUUUAAAAUAAUUAUUCCUAUUUACAAAUGAUUUAUUAGUUAAAGCUGUUUAAAUAAUAUCAAAAAUAAUUAUUCCUAUUAACAAAUGUUUUAUUAGUGUGCUAUCUAAAUAAUAUUAAAAAUAAUGAUUCCUAUUUACAAAUGUUUUAUUAGUGUGUGGGUUUAAAGCUAUCUCCUAGUUGUAUUUGUGUUUACAUUAUUUACCCGGUGAUUAAGGUCUUGUAUUUAAAUUUUUGUUUUGUUUUUUAAACCAUGUUGUAUUUUUAUCUUUUUGUGAUGUUCCUGCAAUAAAUGUUAGAGUGUCAUAAUUAAAA